UAUCGAUGGCAGCAGGUAUUCGAUACAAUCACAAAAUCCACGACGAGAAAAAUCAGCUGAUAUUCUGUUUAUUGUACUCCUAAAAAUGGUAAACAUUAAUUCAAAUUUUAAAAAUUUGAAAUAUAUACACUUGCAUCAAGUUCUAAUAAAAUUAAGACCUCUUGAGCAAUACUAUGACAAUAGCACGCUUGAAAACAAGUUAGAGACCCAGAGUGACGUGCAAAAGGUCUGUGAAGGUUUUUGUAAGGCACUUAAAAGAGACUUGAGUUUGGAGGAAGUAACGUCGUUAUAUUCAGCUGCAAUUAUGUUGUUACUAGUGAGUGAUCCCGAAAUACAGAAUCGACGUCUUGAGCUAUUGAACGACUGCUUAAACUAUUCAGAUACAUUAAAGCCGACAAUGAUUGACUAUAUAACUCGGGAAUUAAUUGAAAACUUUAAAUAUGCAUCUAGCCUCGCGGAUAGCAAUACAGAAUAUGACUAUAUGCUUUAUUUCCUAUGGGCCAUGCCGCAUAUAAUCACAGCAAGCGAGACAGGAAAAAUGAUAUCAUUGGGAUUGCUGCGAUCUUUUAUAGCUGAACUGGCAAACCAAACUCCAAUUGUGAUGCACAUUUAUAGAAAUAUUUCAGAAAUCUGGCAAAUGGUAAAAACUAUAAAUUUGGACACAAUUUUGGACGAAUGGUCAAUACAUAAAAUUUAUGUAUUGAUAAAGAGCUUCAGUUUAAGUUUGUCAACGGCUGCGCUUAACACCAAAAACUCGGCUUUAAAGCAAGCUGGGUAUCGGGGCUUCGAAUUGCCUCACGCAGAGAUAGAGAAUGAGAUAUCUCAGUGGUUCAAAACGCUUAGAAAUAAGCUGAAAGAUAAGCAUACAGCGGACGGAACGAAGUCCAUCUUGAUGUUGGUACGCUUCAUUGACUACAAUAUAAUAAGCUUUUUAGCAGAAGGAAGUAGUGAAGUCGCUUCAGAGACUGGCAAUGAGGCGCCUCUUAAGCGAAUAAGCUUUUAGAUUGUACAAUAGAAAUAAAAUACAAUACA